AUGUCUGCCCUUGUGACGAUAUGGGCAUCGGAAACCAAGGCCAUCACACCUAACUCGAAAGGUUGGCAGGCACUGCGUGAUUCAAAGAGUAUACAAUUUUGGGAUUAUCGCAAGGCUUUGGUACAUUUACAAGCUACCUAUGGUAUAUUCCCAUAUUAUAAAGUUUCAGUAGAAAAUCGUUUCAAUAAACCCCACGAAUACAUUAUUACAUUAGAUGAAGGAGAAUAUGGAUUGCCGGAUAAAUAUUUCUAUAAUACGGAUCGUAAUGAUGAGAUUGUCAAAGGAUAUAUUUUAUUAUUACGCGAUUUUGCCAUUAAUAUGGGCAUUGUUUCCAAACAGGCUGAACUCUUUGCCGAUGAUGUUUUCAAUUACGAAAAACGUAUUGUAAAUCAUUUGGAUGUUGUUAAAUCGUCAUCGGGUGAAAGACGUUUGAAUGAAAUCAAAACUCUGGUGGAAAUUAAAACCCUAGCACCAUCGCUGCCCAUUGCCGAAACCCUGCAAGCUCUCUUUCCUCAUACACGAAUUAAUGAUGACACAGAAGUUUUGGUAAGAAAUGUUGAUGUGCUCAAUGAAUUAUCUACAAUUGUGUCCACCUCAGAUAAAAAACCAAUGAACAACUUCAUAAUUUGGUCACUGGCACGCCAUCUACUUCCCCACCUAUCUAUGGAAUAUCGAAACCUUGUGGAGGCAUUUGAUCAUUCGGUAUAUGGACGCACAGCAACAUAUCCCCGUUGGAUGGUGUGUGCAAAAACUGUACGAGAUUGGUUGCCCUUCGCUGUGGAUGCUCUGAAGCAGAAACAUCAAGAGGAAUUGGCCUCGAAAUUUUUACCCUCCCAUCUGAAGGAUAACAAUGGCUUGAACAAAACAUCGGGCAAUGAUGAAUUCUUGAAAUUGAUGUACUACAGUUUAAGAAAUCAAUUGGAACAAUCCGUGGAGGAAGCCAACUGGAUAAGUGGCGAUGUUAAAAAGUAUAUUAAUGAAAAGCUCACCACAAUGCGUCUACAAAUCGGCAUACCCGAAGAGGUUUUAUCGAACAAAAGUUACAUCAAGGAUUAUUACAAUGAAUUGCUGUUGAGUAAUUUAUAUUUUGUCGAACAUUUGCAAUCGAUUUGGAGUUUCCGUAUGGCACGCAUGGAAGAUAAACUAAAGGCGUUAAAUAUCAUUGAUACAAUAAUAUCCGAAAUGUACACCUCUGAAGAACCACCAUUGGUCGCAUACUCCAAGCUGCUGAAUAUGUUGGUGAUAUCACGUGGCAUUGCCUCAUCCGGCUAUUAUGAUUAUCGUUAUCCGGUGGCUGUGAAUUUUGCUCGCAUCGGUUCAGAUAUCCUCGAAGUGCUGAUGGAUGCUGUAAUGACAUUUGUGGAACAAUAUAAAGCCGAUAAUGAUUUGCAUACACAAAUAAAUUUGGGUCAAGUUGAUAUUGGCUGUAUAACUGCGGAUGAACAUAAUCGUGAAGAGUUACAAGAACUGUCAACGAAUGCUUUGAAAAGUUUCCAUAUAACUUUGAGUGGUGCAAAAAUUACCGCUAAGGCUUUGAGUUCAUUCUUGGCAGCCAUUGACACAGCAUCACCCAUUAUUGGGGCCUCUUUCGAUCAACAACAUACCUAUGAAAGUUUGAGGUUAACUGAACGUUUACGCAUCCCCGGGCUGAGGUCAUAUAAUGAGAAUGAACUAUUUGCCCUGACCUAUAUGCAAAAACAUUGUAGCACCUCUAUAGCGGAUAAGGAUUAUGCGAAAAUUAAGCCUCACGUUGAACAACAAUUGGCUGAGAGAUACUUAUUCAAUGCCACCUGGAACCAUAUACAAUUUUUACCACUUGCCUCCAGCUGCCAUGUGCCACCAGUACGCUGCUCAAAUAUUUUAUAAUUUUUGUGAAUUAUUAUUAUAUA